GGGCCCACCGACAUGGCCCAGGGGAAGGCGCUGUCUGGGACGCUGGGCGUCUGUGCCAGAGCUUGGGUCUGUCUGCGGGGCCUACAGCGACAAGACGGGAAGCUCAGGGUGCCGCUCCUCACGGGGACCUCCUCGGCCCCGCCCCAUCCGCCUUCGGGAUGCUGCUGAGCCCAGUCACCUCUACCCCCUUCUCGGUCAAGGACAUUCUGCGACUGGAGCGCGAGCGGAGCUGCCCCGCGGCUUCGCCAAAUCCGGGGGUGCGGAAGAGCCCGGAAAACUUUCAGUACCUGAGAAUGGACCCAGAGCCGCGAGGGCCAGAGGUUCACAACGCUGGUGGCGGCGGCGGUGACAGAAAGCUGGACGGUUCGGAGCCUCCUGGGGGUCCCUGUGAGGCAGUCUUGGAGAUGGACGCGGAACGGAUGGGGGAGCCACAGCCCGGCCUAAGCGCGCCCUCGCCCCUCGGCGGCGGGACCAGGGUGCCAGAGCGCGGCGUUGGCAACAGCGGCGACAGCGUGCAGGGUGGCCGCUCCGAGCAGCCCAAGGCGCGGCAACGACGGAAGCCGCGCGUGCUCUUUUCGCAGACGCAGGUGCUGGCCCUGGAGCGGCGCUUCAAGCAGCAGCGGUACCUGUCAGCGCCCGAGCGCGAGCACCUGGCCAGCGCGCUACAGCUCACGUCCACGCAGGUCAAGAUCUGGUUCCAGAACCGACGCUACAAAUGCAAGAGACAGCGCCAGGACAAGUCGCUGGAACUGGCCGGCCACCCUCUAACUCCGCGCCGAGUGGCGGUGCCCGUCCUGGUGCGCGAUGGCAAGCCCUGCCUGGGCCCGGGGCCCGGUUCACCUGCCUUCCCCAGCCCCUACGGUGCCGCAGUGUCGCCCUAUUCUUGCUACGGAGGCUACACCGGAGCACCCUACGGCUCAGGCUACGGCAGCUGCUACGCGGGUGCGCCCUCGGGUCCUGCGCCUCACACACCACUGGCCAGCGCGGGCUUCGGACACGGUGGCCAGAAUGCCACCCCGCAGGGCCAUCUGGCAGCCACGCUGCAGGGCGUCAGGGCCUGGUGAGUCUCCUCAGCUUGACUCUGCCUACCAGGGCCAGAUGCUCGGUCCACUCCCCUCCGCCCGCAGGUCGCCACAGGAAGGAGUGGACGCGGCGCUGGAAGGAAGCGACCACCCAACGGCGCUUCUUUCCGGAGGGAUCUCUGGAACUGCGAUCUGCACCACGGUCACCCAGUUAAAGGUCCCGCCCGGGACGUUCUUCCCCCAAAAGGCGACCCCUCCACCCGUCACCCACCAAGCAACACAGGGACUGAAGAAAACCGAGGCUGGCUGGCAGUUUGGGGUAUGGGAGCAGUACUGAGGCGCGACUUUUGGGGCUUCAACCCCAGAGGCCCGAGAGGCUCUUGCAUCUGUACGCAGCAGCCCCGGGGCAUCGCGGGUGAAUGGUGAUGGUCAUCUAGCGGGCCUACCAUCCUCCAAUUAAUGACAGCUGUUGGGGAAGAAAGAGAAGAGGACGGGAGGGCGGGAAGGGGGCUGAAGAGCUGGGAACUUGAGGAUCCGGGAAGUUCACGAAGAGGAACCUGCUUUGAGCCUCUUCCUGUGGGAUUUAAACAUCCCCACAAGGCCGCGCCCCUGGGGACUCCAUUAAUUCAGAGGAGCGCUCUUUUCUGGCCACGACUGCUCUCCUGGAAGUAGGCUCUACAUUCCUGUCCCUUUCACUGUUGUGCAUUUUAUCUCUUUGUACAGCACAGCACCACCAAUAAAUAUACUAAAUA